AGUAUAUACAAAUCUUAAUUUAUAUAGUCUAAAUGUUAAAAAAAAAUAUUUCACAAAGGAAGUUCAGAUUAACGGUGGAGCAAGUAGGCACGUACGAUUAGGUGGCUUGUUCAUCAUCACACAUAGAAUUCACUCCAAAUCCGGCAACAACAAAAAGGUAGCCACUACCCACCCUUAAACUCCCCAUUACAUUAUUUCUCAUCAAUAUUUUGAUUCGAAGUUAAAAUUUUGUGGUCAUUAAAAACCUUUUUCUCUCUUCUGUAAUCAGUAGUAGCUGCUUCCAGCAAGGGAGGAGCAAGCAAUGGCCUGCAUUUCAUGGUCAGUAAUCUCUGUGGCUGGUAAGAGUAACUCAUUUUCAUUGAACACCCAUCAAUUUAGCAGGAAAUUUGGGAGAAUUUAUACUUCCAAAUUCAAAAUUCGAGCUUCUUCUGAUGAAGCUGAUGAUUGCAAUGUUGAAGAAUGUGCCCCUGAUAAAGAGGUAGGAAAGCUGAGUGUGGAAUGGUUAGCGGAAGAAAAAACCCAGGUUGUGGGAACAUUUCCACCUCGGAAAAAAGGCUGGACGGGUUAUAUAGAGAAAGACACUGCUGGUCAGACAAAUAUAUAUUCCGUAGAGCCAACAGUGUAUGUGGCGGAAAGCGCGAUCAGCUCGGGAACUGCAGGUUCAUCUUCUGAUGGUGCAGAUAACACAUUAGGUGUUGCAGUAUUUGCUGGUAUAAUAUUUGUUGCAGGUGUUUCGUCAAUCUUGCUUCAGGUAGGUAAAAAUGCACCUCCACAAACGCCAACAACCGUGUAUUCCGGACCUUCACUCGCAUACUAUAUAAACAAGUUUACACCCACUGAAAUCAUAGAAGCUCCUGCACCUACCCAAACUGAAACUUCUUCAGAAGCCACUAGCGAAUCUGAAAUUUCUUCAGUAGCCACUGGCGAAAGUGAAAGUUCCUCGACCACUUCCCAAAUUGAAAGUUCCUCAAUUACAAGUACAGAGACUCAAGAUUCAACCCCUGAUGUUCAGCAAGUACCAGUUGAAUCUGUAGCUGUGCUAGAGCCUUCUGCUUCUAAUGCAGACAGUUCCUCUUAGAUAUAAUCAAACAUUUUCUUAAUCGCUUAAAUUUUACAAGUCUCUGCAGUUCUUUUUGGUCAUGUAAAGCAACCGUUUGCACAGUUGGUAUAUUUUUACAAAUGAGAGAUGUCUUGAAUA